AUGGGUUUCGUCUUAGAACCAUUCCGGCAUGAUGUCCGCAAGAAGACGAAGCCAAUCAAACAAUGGGAACUAGUCACCCGCUUGGACCCUGACGCAGGGCCGCAAAACCCAGAAUUAUUCAUGAAGGACUUUCACCCAGACGGUGGAGGUAUUCUGAAAGCGAGAGGAGUAACCGGCGUUCCCAGCGCUGAGAACGUCCACGUGAUUGGCAAGGGGUUCCUCGGUGAAGACCACUAUGGGCUGAAGAACCUCAAUAUUACCAAGUCCUUCUCAUAUGAAAAUCACCAUCCUACUCUCCCAAAGGAAGAGCUUGAGAACGGUCAUACAAGGUUUCAAGGAUGGCACUUCGAUGCACCGCUUUACAGUCGAGAUCCGCCGAUCUACACAGCCUUUCGUGUGAUCAAACUGCCCAAGGGGCCUGAUGUUAACAUCGCAUGGGAUAACGGAUCAGGCUUGAGCAUGAGAUCAGCCCCGGGCCUAACGCCAUUUUUCUGUUGCUCGCAGUUGUACGAGGAGCUUCUUACCGAAGAAGAGAGGGAAGUUGUCGACAAUAGCUGGGUUGAGUACGCGGCGCUGCCCUACGAGUGGAACCGACACUGCAAGAUGUUUCCGACCGGACUCGGCAUUGUCAGCCAAGGCAAGGAGCUGUCUGACAAUGAACUCGAUUCCAUUGGAGUGGACAAUUCCAAAAUCAAGAGGUACCCAAUGGUUUGGGUGAACCCUGAGACCGGCCGGAAGUCUUUCCAAGUCCAGGCCAACGCUGCCAAGAAGCUCUACUUACGUCGGAGUGCAGACGAAGAGCCGAAGGUCAUUACCGAACUUUCUGAGAGUAUAUCCUAG